GAGUGAGAGAGAGUGCGAGUGCGCGCGCGAGGGAGCGAGAGACAGAGCCAUGUCCUCACCGAGCAAAAAGGUGAAGAAGCUCGAGGACUCGGACAGGAGUGACGGCGACGGGGCCACCGAAAGCCGCGAUUACGACGUCGAAAUCCAAAAGGCCCUCGAAGAGAUCGACGGCUGCCAGAACCAGAUUGACGGCCUGAAUGAGAAGGCUAGCGACGAGAUUCUCGAGGUCGAGAAAAAGUACAAUAAGCUGCGGAAACCCUACUUCCAGAAGCGUAACGACAUCAUUAAGAGGAUACCCAACUUCUGGGUGACGGCCUUUGUCAAUAAUAAAAAAAUAGCUGAUAUUUUAGAAGAAGAAGAAGAAGAUGCAUUACGUUACUUGAAUAAACUAGAAGUAGAAGAAUUUGAAGAUAUUAAAUCUGGUUAUCGAAUUAAUUUUUAUUUUGAUGAAAAUCCAUACUUUGAGAAUGAUGUACUUACCAAGGAAUUUCACCUCGGUUCGUCUGGUGAUCCAGCAUCUCAAAGUACAAAUAUCCGUUGGAAAGAUGGUGCUGAUUUAUCUAAACGAGGAAAAGCAAAGGCAGCGAUGAAAGUGAGGAAAAGGCCAUUAGGACAUAGGUCAUUUUUUGAUUGGUUUACGGAUCAUGGAGAUCCAAGUUCGGAUGAGAUUGCUGAACUUAUUAAAGAUGAUCUUUGGCCAAAUCCUUUACAGUAUUAUUUGGCACCAGAUAUGGAAAUUGAAAAUGGCAUUGAAGGCGAUGGUGAUGGUGAAGAAGUAGAUAGUGAAGAAGAAGAGGAGGAAGAUGAAGAUGGUGCGGAUGAAGACGGUGACGAUGUAGGUGAAGGAGAAGAGGGUGACGACAGUGUAGAAAUCAUGGAAGAUGCAGGGGAUGAAGAGGAAGAUGAUGAAGAUGCUGCUAAUGAGAAUGACGGAGCACAUGAAGAGGAAGAUUAUUUAGUUCAACUCGUGCAAAAAAUUGAAAAUAAUCGGUAAAAUUUAAUAACACGUAAAAAUUAAGUAACUCACAAACAUUAAA